AUGACUGAAGGUAGCGGCAAAUUAGUUUCCGGAGAAACCCGUCCCGCUCUGGCUGAUGUGAGCAAUAUCUCCCGAAAGAGGGGAAUUUCGUCGAUUCUGGGUGAUUGGCUUCGUAAAUCCGAAGAUGGAUCUGGCAAAUUCGUUGCUCAUGAAGGUUCGAGGGAAAAGUUUUCAAAGAGGUUGUGUCUAGUCGUAGAUGAUUUGGUAAAGGAAAAUGCGACACCGAUUGAUACGAAAAACGAAGAAGGUUCUUCUUCGGAAUUUAAGCAUAGCUCUGGCGAUUCUGACGACAAAGAAUCUGAGGAAUCUCGUGAUGCUGUAAUGGAGGUUUCCAGUGGAGAUGGCGAACCGUUGAAGGAGAUCUAUUUUGAGCCUGGUGACAAAGACGGUGCACGGGAGUUGAAAGUGGCUCCUAAUGCAAUUCAGAGUGAUGUUUCUACUGGUAAAGGCCAGAAUUUGAGAUCAUUUGAAAUGAGUAGAUGCUCUAAUGUCAACAAGGAGGAGGAGGAGCAUGUGAAUCAGGAUGUGGGAGAUGACUUGCUCAAAUCUUGCUCUUGCUCUUUUUGCCUCAAAGCUGCGUAUAUUUGGUCAGAUCUUCAUUACCAGGAUAUCAAAGGUCGAUUAUCCGCCUUGAAGAAGAGUCAGAAAAUGGCUGGCAGUUUGAUUCAAAGGAAUGUUAAAGAAAGGCCUACGGAUUUUCACGACUCAGUUAGUUCUGCAAAGCUACAAUCCAGUCUCAUGGGCCAAUGGAGGUCACUCUUUCUUAGCAUGGGAGAUAUUCUCGCUCAUGAAAGUAACCACCUUCAAAGUAGCUUUUUGACAAUGAAAGAAUUGCGAGAAGAUUGCAAGGUUGAUUUGGAGAGAGCGAUGAAGACAACUCAACCCAACACCUAG